AUGGUCGACUUUGUGGGAGAGUUGCCCCUUGAAUGGCAGCCAAAGUGGGAACAGAUGAGGCUCGACGCCAAUGGAGGUUCCCAACUCGAAGAACACGAACCUCUUCCGGGGUUGAGGCUGGAGCAGAUGUUCGACAAACACGUCGAGGAACCAGAAUUGAAGAUUCUUCUUCCUUUUAUUGAGCGCUUGACGAGGUUCUUGCCAUCGGAUCGCAUAUCAGCACAGCAGGCACUUGAUAUUCUCACUGCAGCGAAUGACAAUCUGGAAACUUGA